CACCCUCACCCUCGCACACUUCACGCUAUCUCUCGGCAACAUAUUACGAAGACCAGCACCAGCGGGAAGCUUCGUGUCAUUCUGCUCUUGCACUUCAACCGCCACAACCACCAUUGCAACUUCAGCAUCAUAGCAUGCAUCCCAAUGGCGUCUUCGCGCCCAUGACCUCCACGUUUCCCCCUGCCUCUGCUCUACCGGGCACGUCGCCGCUCCCGCCUCCGCCGUCGCCUGAGACGGCCGCAUCUAGCGGAGCCCCUGUAGAGUGGGACUGGGACAUUGAGCACGCCGACCGCGCCAGAGAGAACAAGGCGGACGCGGCGCAGCCGCUGCACGACGCUGCUGUCCCGUUCCAAGUGGACCGGAGAGUGCUCAAGGACGUCGUCCGCGAGAAGACGGGCGCGGAGGUGGGGAGGAUCAAGUUCAUCAGCUCUGGCACGUUUCACAAGGCUUAUCUCAUCACGCUAGUCGACGGGCGGGAGCUUGUUGCGCGCGUAGCACGGAGGUUUAUGCCCCGCCUCAAGACGGAGAGCGAGGUCGCGACGAUGGCGUACCUCCGCGAGCAGGCGGGGAUCCCCGUGCCCGUCAUAUAUCACUACGACGCGAACCCGUACAACCGGCUGGGUGGGGAAUACAUUCUCAUGUCCAAGGCACGUGGAAUGCCCCUGUCCCGCGUCUAUCACUCCCUCUCCAACGAGGAGAUCACUCGUCUGUUCGAGAACCUUGCUGCCAUCGUGAUACCGCUCUUUGCACUCCGGUUUUCUCAUCUGGGCUCUCUUUACUUUGGCCAGCCACCGGCGGAACAGGCCGCGCGGCCACCUACUUCUUCGACAUUCGCCGCGAACGGGGUACCCCAAAAUGUGUUCUCAGUCUCGCCGGCGAUAGCCUCACCAAUGACGCCUACACCAGCCCAGAACAGGCUUAGCUCGUUCCCAUUCAUCCCGCUCAUGUCACCCCCAAGCACGAGCACCCACACCUACACACAGCCUACCCCGGCCAUCGCCACCCCCAAACCUACCACCCCUUCCGCAUCCGACACGCAGAAACCCUCGUCUUCAAAAGGAACGUCAUCACAGAAGCCGAUCGUUACGCCCGCGGGCUCUGAGUUCCACAUGGGCCCCAUCGUCUCCUGGCCCUUCUUCGGCAGCGGCCGUGGCUCACUAAAGCACCCUUCGGAUAUAGACCGCGGCCCGUGGCGCACGACGUCCUCCUACCUCUCCGCGUGUGCACGGCGUGAAGUCGACGGUGUCGCGCGCGAAGGCAGGGACGAGGCGGCGUCGCACCCGCUCUCGCUCGACCCGGGUGUGGUCGCUGCGUCGCGGCACCACCAUGUCUCGGGUAUCCCUGACGACGAGUCGGACGAGAGCGACGAGUGGGGCGCGCAGGAGAGCGAGGAGGAGUGGGACGGGGCGGUGAGGACGGGGCUGUAUAGCGAUUAUAGAAGGAUGCAGCGGAGCACGUUCUUGGUUGCGCAUAUGAAGCAGAGGGAGGAGCGGGUGAAGCGGGAGAUGGAGAGGUGGAUGCGGGUUAUGGGGCGGUUGAUUGAGAUUGAGCAGGGGGCGAAGGUGGAUGCGGGUGGGGAAGCUGGUGGUGGGCCGGAUGGGGUUGGGGAAGGGCUGGUUGGUGGUGAGGAGGGGGAGGAGUUUGCGCUGGAUUGUCAUGAUAUCAGUCUUGAGAAUGUGUUCGUCGACGAGACGAACCAUACCGAGAUUACGUGCAUUAUCGAUUGGGAAAGCACAACUACCCGCCCGCUCUGGGCAUGUGCCCACCUUCCCGCGUUCCUCCAGUCGAGCCCUUUCCUCGCCCGCAUGUUCCGCGAAACCGUCGUCCGCGUCGCCGCCCGCUCGGCUAUCUCAUCGUCCCGCUCCUCUCCCAACGCGUCCUCGCACUCCCUCAACAACCUGGGCAACCCGCCAACGCUACCAUCGACAUGCGGUGGCAAGCCGUUCAGCGUCGUCGCACGCGAGUGGUUGCACCACGAGGCCGCGGGCGCGCGUCUGCGGCUCGCGCACCGCUGUGCGGAGUGGGACGGCUGGGAGGAGGGGCUCGUGGAGAGUAUUCUUGGGCCGGAGGAGGGCGAGGACGAGUGGUUCGCGGACGAGUGUGUGGAUGCGUGCGGUGGGGCGUGUGGGGACGAUAAGUGUGUUGUUGAGGUGCUGGAGGAUCACGAGGAGGGUGUUGGUCCAGGUCCGUCGUUGGGGAAGGGUGUUGGUGUUUCUGGUAAUGGGAAAGGGGUCAACGGUGCUGCUGCUGAUGCCGACGCGGAUGCGAGGGGGAGGACGAAGACGACGUCGAAGCGGGCGAAUGUGGCUGUGAACGGGUCUGCGAAGGCGAACGGCGUCUCGAAUGUUAACGGGUUCCUCAAGCCCUCUAUGAACGGCAAUGGAAACGGUACAUCCCUACCCCUCCGGUCGGAAUCCGCCCACUCGGAGCUCUCCGACUUGCCGGAGAACGACGACGGGGUGAACGGUGCGCGCGCGGCGCUGGACCGGCGGCGCGGGCGUGCGGGCAAGCUCGCGCUCAAGCGGGAGAAGGAGCAGGAGCAGACGCUUGACACGACCGGCGACGUGUGCGGGGGGCGCGGUGGGGAGCUCGGGCGCCGUUUGGAGGCGUGGCUGACCAAUGAAGGGGAGAAUGGGAAGGCGAGGCGGAUUAGUGGCGAGUAUGGGCACGAGCACGGGCAGGGGCACGGGCACGAGCGACAUGCGAGCGACGCGGAUUCGGAGGGUGGGGAGGAUAUGGUGGUGGGUGGGGGUGGGGAGGAGAGCGACUGAGCGCGUUGGAUGGUACGGAUACCCCCCGUCGGCGUGGACGUCGUCACCAGCAUCAAGGAUCCAGGAAGCAACGUUUUUUUUCUCGGCCAUCGCACUUUCUUCUUCUGACUUUGCACUUUUUCCUUCUUUGAAUCUUUGCAUGUCCGUUUUACCAUUUAGCCAUGGGGACGUAUGGACGUUGGGUUUGGUUUCGUGACGGUUUGGCUUUUUGCAUGCAGAAACAUAACUAUAGAGAGAAAUUUGUACGUUACUACACAUCUUUUCGCAUGCACGUCGCACAUACAUAUGGUUUCGGGUGGCACAUAUUUGUAGUAUACGGCUAUAAUCAAUCAAUAUCAAUU